AUGGCUACACCUGAUUCAGUAAACAAACUACGUGGUAUCAUACUGGCUCAUCCCAGCGCGCUUCUGAUCUGGAGGAGCAAGUCCAUGAGCAAUAAUUUCAGUUACCACGACUCAGGCGUCUGGUUCAGGGCCUAUGAGUUUGGUCCUGUCAAGUUCUCUCCUACCAGCGCUACUGACGAGUGGGGUACGUACGAUAAGGAUGUCAAUGCCUUCACUAACCCCAGCAACCUUGCUGCUGGUGGUUUUUUGUUUUUGGCAGCCGAUGUAGGCGCCCUUUACCCCUUGAGGGGUGGGACCGGCGUUAAACAAUUCAUCAUCGUCGUCAUGCUCAUCAUGCGCGCUGCUGAAGUCCAGCAGGAGCUUUCUGGGUCACCCAUCGAUCACAUUAGGCAUUAA